AUGCCGAGAGUACGACACACACCGAAAUCCGACCGAGAUUCGAAUAAAGAAGCCGCCACACCAUCGAAGAAGGAGGAAGAUUCCAGAGAAUCCUUAUGCUGUCAGCGACAGCAGGUGAAAGCUGCCACACCAACGAAGAAAGAAGCAGUGGAUUCCAGAGAAAAAAUAUGCUACCAGCGUCAGCAGAUCACCAGGAAAAUAAAAAUGAUUAGUAACCAUCUUGAGGAAGCCGAAAAUAAGCCACAACAAAUAAGCACAUCAUUGCUGAAGGUGUUCGCGAAGAAACUGGAGCUUCAUUACAAGGAGUUCACAGAAGUACAUCGUGAAAUACUUGCAGCCACCGUAUCAUCUGACAACGAGGCGGAAGGUGAAGUGUUGAAUGAAUUUGAUGCGCUUCAUACAAACACUCUCAUUUUGUUGGAGCAACUCACCGAGUCACUUUCACCUGCCAGCAAUAACAAACAACCAGUUUCGAGUCCCAACAUUAUUGUCCAACAACCAAUCAGAGCUCCUGUACCAACCUUCGACGGCAAAGUGGAGAACUGGCCGAAGUUCCGCACGAUGUUUGAGGAUAUUUUCGCUCGCAGUGGAGAUUCCGAUGCAGUUAAACUGCACCAUCUCGACAAGGCUCUAAAAGACGAUGCAGCGGGUUGGAUCACAGCAAAGAUGGUUCUGGACAACAACUUCCAGCAAACAUGGCAGCAGCUCAUCGACCAGUACGAAAAUCCGAGAGUGAUCGUCGACACACAUAUCGACGGAUUGCUUGAUUUGAAGCCGAUGACCAAGCGAAACCAAAAGGAUUUACUCGAGCUGGUGAAAACGUUUAAUCGCCACGUUGGUGGACUUGAGUACCAGGGGCUAGAAGUGGAUGAACUUUCAGACCUCAUUCUAACGAAAAUCCUAACGUCACGAUUGGACGACCAAACACUGCAGCUUUGGGAGAGAAACCAGCAGCACGCCACAUUACCGAACCUGAAAGACACUGUAGCUUUUCUUCGAAGCGAAUGUCAGAUAUUGGAAAGAUUCCAAAACCGAUACCAGGCUACACCGAAACAGACACAAAUCAAGCCGUUCGUGAGUUCUAAGCAGUCGAAUCAGAAAUCAUAUACAACAGCUGAAUCCUGCCUUUUAUGCAAAGAAAAUCAUCGUCAUUUCGAGUGUCCAGAAUUACACAAGCUAUCUCCGGAUCAGCGUUAUGAGAAGGUAAAAAACUUGAAAAUCUGCUUCAACUGUCUCCGUCCAGGACAUCGCACACUUGACUGCUCAUCCAAGAAGACCUGCUCUCGUUGCCAGCGAAAGCACCACACUCUAUUGCACCAAGAGCCAUCGUAUACAGAGGAACAGCUUUUUGAUUACAAGUUACAAGAACAACACCAUUCCCGUUCGGUCACGACGGAUGAACCCCAUGAAUUCGAGCCAAUCACCAAUACCGUCGUUUCCUGCAGUUGUCACAGGGGUGCUAGAACAGUGAUGCUCAUGACGGCUAUAGUUCAACUCAAGGACAAUCGUGGACGCACAACACCUUGCCGAGUUUUACUGGAUAGUGGAUCGCAAGUGAACUUCAUUCACAAAGAUUUAGUUGGCCGUUUGUUUGUCACUCGACGACCAGCACGAGUACCCAUUGCAGGAAUCGGUGGAGCCGAAACCUUCGCCAAGGAAAAAGUGAUGGUGCAAAUAAAAUCGACACACUCCAAUUUCGGCACUGAUGUCGAAUGUUUAGUGGUUCCAACUAUAACGGAAGCAAUCCCAGCAACAAAAAUAAACGUUUCAUCAUGGCCGAUUGAUAGAAACCUACCCCUCGCAGAUCCAAACUUCAACCACCCAGGAGCCAUCGAUAUGCUGAUCGGCGUGUCACAAUUUUUGCGCUUGUUGAAGGCCGGGCGCCUCCAACUAGGCGACAACCUGCCGGAGUUACUUGAAACGCAUCUCGGAUGGGUAGUUGCCGGCGAUAUCGACCUUUCCAACAUUCAACAAUGUUUUGUUGAAACCGAAGUAAUUUCCGCAGUACCAACGGUUCCGAAGCGCGAGAAGUUGUUGCAGCCAAUGAUCAAUAUAGACGACACUAGGAGAUAUGUGGUAACCCAGCCAUCGCGAGUAUCGUUUCAAGAUAAUGAAAACAACCAGAAUCCGACAAUACGACGCUUCCUUCCACCGGAAAUAAAUCUGCAGAAGAAAACCGAUCAUUGCAAAUCAUCUUGUUAUGCCCAAGGUUACCUUAGUAUCAAAUACAUAUCAGAAACCACGAAUGACAUCCCCGAUGACGAGAAACCGCAGCAUAAGCUGACAACCGUUCAUAUCGUUCCAGCAAUCAAGAAGAGACAUACGCCGAUAUUUACAAAACCCCAAAAACCCAGCCAGUUAGUGAGAAAUUCGCUGUCCAGCCGAGGUCCCGAUAAAUUACUAGGAGCAACAAGUAUCAGGAUUCGAGACUCAGUAUGCAGACAAUUAAACUCGACCAAAUUCGUUCAUCCUAUUGACGGCAACACCAUCAAUUCUUCAGUAAAUUCUUGCCAGCCCGGCGGGAGUAUGUUCGCGCCCGAUUCGACCGCUCCGGAAUGA